ACCACAUUAUUAAACAUAAAAAACAAAUUUAAUCAAUAUUUGAGUGCUUUUUCUCCAACAAAGCUCACCGCACAGAGCCCUCUCUAAACAAUCAACCAAGUAAGUAAAUCGGACUAAACAACUCUCUGCCGUUCUCCGCCUUUUAAUUAUUCAGAAAUCUUUUGGACUAGCUGAUCCAUGUCUGGGCCGAACGAGGGGAAUAUGUCUUCUCAUGCUCAGCUUUCAUCUCAUUUCUUUGGGGAUCUUCUAGAUUCAAUAAUUGUUGAUGUUGCAUCUGAGUGUCACCGGAUAGCAAGGUUGGGGCUUGAUCGUAAUUUGGAGGAAGAAGAGCAGGAACUGAGGUUGUCAGCACAAGCGCGAGCCAUGGUAGCUGAUUCUAGUAAUAGUGGUGAAACAAAUAGCAAGUAUGUAGUUGAUAUAUUUGGGCAAACUCAUCCUCCUGUAGCCAAUGAAAUAUUUGAUUGCAUGAAUUGUGGGCGGUCAAUCAUGGCCGGAAGGUUUGCUCCUCAUUUAGAGAAGUGCAUGGGAAAGGGUCGAAAGGCUCGUCAAAAGGUGACAAGAAGCAGCACAGCUGCACAGAAUCGACAGAUGCGAGGAAGCCCUGGUUCCACAUUUUCUUAUUCAAAUUCCACCAACAUGAAUCGGCUAUCAAAUGGAGCACCUGGUGUCGCGGGUGAGGAUUAUUCAAAUGGCUCAUUUGAAGAGCUGUGAGACAGAAGGAUAAGCAGAGAAGGGCUAGCUAACUUCUUGAAGGUCAGGCAAGCAACUCAGCCAAUGCAGUUGCUUGUUGAAUAUUCAUGCCUUGAAGGGUUUUAUCAUUCUUCAAAAUUAUUGGGAAUUAAGAACUUGAUGUUAGCUGUUUCAGAAGCUAUCACCAUAUUCUGUUACAAUAUGUAAUUUGAACUCAGGACUCAACUCUGAUGAGAAAAGAAUAUAGAUGUUUUCCAACUUGUUUGGGAAGUUUUCCCA